GAUCUCCGGGCUGGGGCUGGGUCCGGCAGCCGGAACCCCACGAGAAAAUUCCCCCGGAUGGGUUGCGACACCCCGUGGAGGAGCCGCAAUGCCCUGUGGCGAGCAGCGGGGAAGGCGCUUUGGCUCAAGGUGCUGCUUGACCUAUUUAAGCUGCUGAGAGGAGCUGAUACAUCAGUGAACACCCACUAAACAACCAUCCCCCUGUUACCAGGCUCCUUCCUGAAGAGUUCAGCAUGACAGAGCUCCAUGAAGCUGUGGCUGUGGGCGACUAUGACCUGGUGGAAAAGAUUUUGAAGGCUGGGCACUGUGACCCAAACCAGAAGGAUGCUGACUGGCAUGACAGGACCCCCCUGCACUGGGCUGCUGCCAAAGGGCGCUCGGACCUGGUCAGGCUCCUGGUGGAUCACGGUGCCCGGCCCUGCCUGCGGAGCCGUGUGGGCUGGACCGCCGCUCACUUCGCUGCCGAGGCGGGCAAGCUGCGGGUGCUCCGGACCCUGCACUCCCUGCACGCUGCUAUGGAUGCCGCCGACCUCUUCGGAGACACUCCACGGAGGCUCGCGGAGAUCUACGGACACCAGGAGUGCUCCAAGUUCUUGGAAAAAGCAGAGGUGGAGAGUAGGAACUACCGCAGGAAAGCUGCACUGAGAAAAAUCCCUUUAGACCAGAGAGAUGAAGACUGGGAACUCAAGAAAGAAGAUCUUCGGAAAAAUCCACCAUGUUUUUGGGAGAAGUGCACAGCCUCUAUUCAAAAGAAAAACAGGAAAGAAAAGGGGAAGCAGUAGUGUGCCCUGUCUGUUUGGUGUCUCCGAGUGCUUGCAAAGGCACUGGCAGACCUCAGGUGGAUUUGCAGUGUGAUGUUGGUGUGAAUGGAAGAAGAAGAUAGCUACAAAACUGCAUCCUAGAGAUACACUGUAAACAAUUUCCUUAAGAGCUAGAAGUUAUUCCACCUCUCUCCGUGUUUCUAUUUAUCUGAUCUCAAAUUAAAAAUAAAAACAACUGAAGAAUAUGUUUAAAUAUACCAAUA